AUGUGCUCCAGCAAAGUCGCUGUCUGCGGCGGCGGCAUCUGCGGCGUCGCCACGUCAUACUUUCUCGCAAAGCGCGGCGUGUCGACUAUUCUUGUAGACCCGGUCGGCGUCGCCUCCGCCGCCUCAGGCCGCGCCGGAGGCUUUCUUGCCCUCGACUGGAACGACGGCUCGCCCACCGGCACACUCGCGCGGCGCUCGUUUGCGCUGCACGAGGAGCUCGCGCAGAGCUUUGGCGAGGCCUCGGUCGACUACCGGCGGCUGACGUGCGAGGCGGUCGCAGUCAGCGGCGGAGGAGGCCUCCGGCAGCGAAAGGUGGCGGGCGUGCAGUGGGCCGACCUCGGAGUGAUGGGCGCACCGCGCUCGAUGGGCGACGAGUCGACCAUCGCGCAGGUGCACCCGAAGAAGCUCGUCGAUCGGCUCUGGUCCGAGGCGCAGCGGCUUGCGGGCUCGAGCUUCCGGCGGAGUGUCGUUGGCGUGCUCACCGAGGGGGAGGGCGGCGCUGUCUCGGGCGUGCGGUUGAGUGAUGGCCAGGAGCUGUCCGCCGCCUCGGUCCUGCUCGCGCUCGGCCCGUGGUCACCGGCGUGGCUCGGCCUUCCGCGCGCGAGCGGUGUCAAGUACCACUCCAUCCUGAUGCGGCCUUCUCGCACCCUCUCCCAGGCGGGCCAACCUCUGGGAGCGAGCGAUGCCGAGGUGUACCCUCGCCCGGACGGGAGUGUCUACGUGACUGGCUUCCCCGACCCGAUGGCCCCGGUGUGCGAGGCGCCGGGCGAGGUGGAGGUGCGGCGCGAGGUGACACGGCGUCUCGCGUCGACGAUGGGCGAGGUGUCGACCGAGCUGGCCCAGGCGCCCGUCGAGCUCGAGUCGGCCUGCCAUCUCCCCUUCGCGCCCGACGGGCUGCCGAUGCUCGGCGCGGUGCCGGGCACGCCCGGCGCCUUUGUCGCGACCGGAGGCGGCUGCUGGGGCAUCCUGAUGGGCCCCGCCAUCGGACUCGGCGUCGCGGAGCUCAUGCUGGAUGGCGAGGCCACUUCGGUCGACAUCCGCCCCUUCAGCCCGGCGAGGUUCACGUGA